AUGGCACUUUUACCAUUUUUUUUAAAAAGUUUAUUUUUUCUCGCUAUAAAAUCACUAAUUGCUGGAAAAGCUGCUCUCAUAUUAGUCGUUUAUCAUUUGUUAAAAAAUGCAAAAACUGGUAAUGAAAAUGAUAAAAUAACCGUUUCUCAUUAUGGGUAUAAAGAAGGUGAAGAAUAUGGCGCUUGGAUAAAUCGUAGAAAUUAUAAUGUUGCUGAACAAAGCUCUACGUCGAAACCACCGGAAAUACCAUAUAAAAUACCACCGGAAAUACAUUAUAAAAGACAGCGAAUUAAAACUCAGGAGUAUUUAAUAACUUAA